CUGCCUUUGAUUAUUAUUACUUUUUUGGGUGCAUUUGGAAUUCAUUAGAAAUUGAAGUUGUCUUCUAAUAUUUCUCACUCAAAACACACAACUCAAACAAACCCACAGAGAGUAAGGGUGGGGGACAUUGAAGGAAGGCUGUGUUGGUAGAGAAGAGAAGAGGAGAAUAAAGAGAGAGAAGCAUGCAAUACAAUACAGUGAUGGGAGGAAUGGCAGUGGGGCCCUCGAGAGAUGAUCAUUGUUGGGAAUGGGGGAGGAAGUACAUGGAGUAUAAUCUUUGCAGCGUCAAAGACGGCGUUUCGCUGACACUAGGUUUAAUCAGUGUGGUGAGUUGGGGUGUUGCUGAGAUACCUCAAGUCAUCACAAACUACAAAAACAAAUCCACGGACGGUCUGUCUCUUGCUUUCUUGAUGACUUGGAUACUCGGGGACCUUUUUAAUCUUUUCGGCUGCAUGUUGGAACCAGCUACGCUUCCAACACAAUUCUAUAUGGCAAUGUUGUAUACAAUUACCACAGCUGUUCUUGCGGUGCAGACCAUAUACUAUGGCUGCAUAUAUCCUCGACUUAAACCCAAUUUGAGACAGAAAAAGGGUUCCAAGUCUAACCUGACUGAGGUUAGAAGAUGCAAUACUGACUUCGUUGGGAAACAGGUCAACCAUGCUGGCAGAAGUAUUGGGUUUGACACCCCCAGUGCAGGAAAUGUUUUGAGUUCACCCAUUCCUCUUCCAGGAAUUUGUCCAAGUAUUUCCCCCGGAAGAGAAUCAUACUACAUAUCAGCAAGAUCUCUAUCAAGGAGUCAUACCCCUACAGAAAGGUCUUAUUUGGCACAAACAACAGCUCCUACUUUUAAUCAUAUUCGGAAUUCCAAUGAAGAGCCCUUGCUUGGUGCACUUGCAUCUACACAAUCUGCACCAUCUAAUAAUGUCAAGACCGUCCUCUGUGUGGUCUCUCUGAUGACCCUCUUUGGCACUUUUAAUCACCGAUCAGUAGAUAACAAACUUGAUUUAAUUGUUGAAAAUCCAAGUCGAGGAGUAGUGCUGCGAGUAAGAAGAAGGCUGUUGCAGGUAAGUAGUGAGCUGUUGCAAGCAAAGGGUACUAAAGAUAGCAGCGGGAUAGGAAAUUUGCUUGGUUGGGGAAUGGCAGCUAUUUACAUUGGUGGACGGCUUCCUCAAAUUUUCUUAAAUAUCCGAAAGGGCAAUGUUGAGGGGCUUAAUCCUUUAAUGUUCGUCUUUGCUGUUCUUGGAAAUGCCACUUAUGUAGCAAGCAUUAUUCUGAACAGCUUGGACUGGUCGGAGAUCAGACCAAAUCUUCCGUGGCUGGUGGAUGCUGGAGGAUGCAUGCUUCUGGAUAUUUUCAUAUUAAUUCAAUUCUUCCGAUAUUGGAGACACCAAGACCCAGAGGGUAAGGAUGUACACUCCAAUGCAGCCUAGUUAAUGUGACAUAAACUUUUCAAGAUGCAUUUAUAAAGCCAUGGAUGUUCGUGAAUCUUCAGAGCUGCCUUUUUGGGGUCCAAUCCAAAGUGAUGCAGUCGCCGUCACAUGAGCCAGAAACUGAAAUAAGUUCGGAUUUGUGCAGUCAAUUGAGUAAUCAGCAGGCUCUGCAGCCAAUGGGUCAUUUUAGUGCUUUGAUUUUGCACCCUACAUUACCAGAUCAGCAGUCUCUGCACAUGAAUUCUGUCCAAGCUAUGUAGCUGUUGACAUUAUUUGUCUAUUUUUUCCUUAAUUGAAGCAGGUGCUUUUCUCA